AGGGACGGCGCGGCGCGGCGCUGAGCUAAGCCGAUCCCACGUGUGACGGAUCUGGCUGCUUCCCCAGCGCCUCUCCAGUGAGAUCCUCCGGUAGCGGAGGGAGGAGGAGGGGGGAAGGGAAAGGGGAAAGACGAACCGGAGCUGAACCGAGCCGUCGAGCCGGGCCGGGGGGGGGCGGGCUGGGCGGGCGGGGGGGGUUCUCUCAGGGGCUCUCGCUCUCGGCGCGGCGCGGAUCGCUGCGGGCUCCGCGCGGCCAUGGAGGCGGACGGGAGCCAGGCUACCUCGGGGAGCCCCGGCGAGGCGCAGCACGACCCCGGCAAGAUGUUCAUCGGCGGCCUCAGCUGGCAAACCUCACCAGACAGCCUUAGAGACUAUUUUAGCAAAUUCGGAGAAAUUAGAGAGUGUAUGGUCAUGCGGGACCCCACCACCAAGCGCUCCAGAGGCUUCGGGUUCGUUACGUUCGCGGAUCCGGCGAGUGUAGACAAAGUCCUGGCUCAGCCCCACCACGAGCUGGACUCCAAGACGAUUGACCCUAAAGUUGCAUUUCCCCGACGAGCACAGCCUAAGAUGGUCACAAGAACAAAGAAAAUAUUUGUAGGUGGAUUAUCGGCUAAUACAGUAGUGGAAGACGUAAAGCAAUACUUUGAACAGUUUGGCAAGGUAGAGGACGCCAUGCUUAUGUUUGACAAGACAACCAACAGGCAUAGAGGAUUUGGCUUUGUAACUUUUGAAAAUGAAGACGUGGUGGAAAAAGUCUGUGAAAUUCAUUUCCACGAAAUCAAUAACAAAAUGGUAGAAUGUAAGAAAGCACAACCUAAAGAAGUGAUGUUUCCACCAGGGACGAGAGGAAGGGCACGUGGAUUACCGUAUACCAUGGACGCUUUUAUGCUAGGGAUGGGAAUGUUGGGUUACCCAAAUUUUGUUGCGACGUAUGGCCGAGGAUAUCCUGGAUUUGCUCCAAGUUACAGCUAUCAGUUCCCAGCCCUAUUACCAUAUUUAAAUGCAAGUUUUCCGGCAGCGGCCUAUGGACCAGUAGCAGCGGCAGCCGUGGCGGCAGCAAGAGGAUCAGGUAGGGGGGCCCGUGGAAGAGCAAACCCUCAGAGUGCAGGGUCAGUCUUGAAUAGCUACAGUGCUCAACCGAAUUUUGGCGCACCCGCUUCCCCGGCAGGCUCCAACCCAGCCCGACCCGGAGGCUUCCCCGGGGCCAACAGCCCAGGGCCCGUCGCGGACCUCUACGGCACGGCCAGCCAGGACUCCGGCGUGGGUAACUACAUAAGCGCCGCCAGCCCGCAGCCGGGCUCCGGCUUCGGCCAUGGCAUCGCCGGACCUUUGAUUGCAACGGCUUUUACAAAUGGAUACCAUUGAAACGUUACACAUGGUUGGUUGCCAUCUCACUUGGAGAGUCUCUCUGGAUGUCCGGGCAAGACGGGGCGAAGUUUCUGAGCGGGCCCACGGUUGGAUGAUCUCAUCAGACUUUGAGCACUACAUCAUCACCGGCAACGCAAACAAACUGGAGGUGGCACUCGACGGACUUAGGUUGUUUAAAAAUCUCUCUCAUCAUCUCAUGAAUCUGCUGUACUAUAAAAACAACAGCUUUUAAAAGUAUGUAUAUAAAACCCAUUUCUUGUUCGUUUUAUUUUCUGGAUGGGUUCCCCCCCCUCCCCCUUUUUAAACCUCUCCAAACCACAUUUUUUCGUAGCGUUUUGACAUAGUCUCGUAGCCACGUAGUUCUAAUUCUUUGUGUAUCUAGCGAGAGCCUAACCAUAGUGUAACUGUUUAUAUUAAGGGGUUUCUUUCAGUUAUCUUUCCCACCUCCCCUCCUUCUCCCUUCUGUUUUACGUAGUUGUUGUUGCUUAAAGGAUGCUGAGAUGGUGACAGGAGCCGCAGCCGCUGGUCCCGGCUCUGCGGCUGCCGAGGGUGGCGGGGGGAGCAGAGCCGGCAGCGGGCAGGGCUUCAGGGUGGCCUUGCAGAGCGCGGGGGGCACAGGUGAGCAGCAGGUUCUCUAGCCCUUCUUUUCAUUUGUGGCAUCUUCGUUAACCUAAUUCUAUCUAUUUUCGGCAAUAAGGCAAGGACUACAAACUUUUUGUGCGUCCUUUUUCUAUAAGUGCUUUUUUUUGUUGAAAGAGGUGAUAUAAGGUUUUUUGAAAUUGUGAAUUCUGAAAAAAAAAAAUACUGUAUAUACAAUUCCAUUAACUACAUAUAAACUAUUAAGAAAGAGAAAUACAAACCUAUUUUUGUGGUGGAGUCAGCCUAAGGCAGUUUCUCUAUGAAAAUGGAAGAAGAAGAAAAAAAAAAAAAAAGAAAGUUUUAGACUUUGUGACCAACUGCCGGAGCUGGCCCGCGGGAGUUAGGUGAUGCACACACUGUUCAGCUUGCUCCGUAGGCGUGGUAGACCUUCCAGCUCUCCUAGCGUCAUACCAGCAUCUUCGCUAUCAGACGUGCACAGCUUACAAAGGAACAGUCUAGUGGUAUUUUUUUAAUUUAAAACCUGCUUUUCCCAAGACUGAAAAAGAAGCUACGAUUUUCCUAUUUAUUGCAUUUACGGUUCAAAGCACACCUUUUUUUUUUUUUUUUUUUUUUUUCCUUUUUUAGUUGUUUUAAACUAGAUCAACUCGCUGUCCAGUCAUUUCAGCUGCCCUGGGCACCCUGUGCAGCCCGGGCGGAGGCGAGGUCCCUCCUCCGCGCUCGCCUGCCGCAGGCAGAGCCGCUUUACAGCUUGCAUCGUUACCUUUUUUAUCCAUUACCUUCUGUAUUAACAAAUUAGGAAAGCAACUUUUGGUUGUGGUUUUGGUUUUUUGGUUGUUUCUUUUUUUUUUUUUUUUUUUUUUUUUUGGGAAUACCUCAGUGCUACAAGUUUCACCCUAGAAGCAACGGAAGAUUUUAAUUUAUUGUAGUUGUAAACAGAAUUAAAAAAAAAAAUAAAGUAUAAAACAUCAUUGCACUGUGACUGGUAGGGGAAAAACUGACAGUUUCCUAUUUGCACAUGUUUAAUAUUUGGCUGUUAUAUAUAUGGUCCUCUGUUGGGGGAGGAGACUUAUGAAGGAUAUUUUUUAAUUUAAUUUUUUUAAUAUUGGUAAAUAGGCCUGCAACAGCAAACUAGAAGUACAACAUGGUAGGUGGCAUUAAGAACAUACUGUAGUGUGGAUAUAUUUCUUCUUUUUUUAACGUAAUAUUGACAAGUUUUAUUAAUAUUUUUUUAAAUUGUUACGUUUAUAAAUUUGGUACUUUAGGUACAGCCAGUAUAAGACACUGAAUGCGACAUUUGUUAAAAAAAGCUGCUGCACUCCUAUUUUUGUAAAUUUUACUAACAGGUAGACUAAUGUAGACAUUCAAUAGACAAGGUAGAGCAAGGCAUCUUUAACAAAAACAAGGCACCAUACUGCUAACUGAAAGGAGAAAACCUUGUUUUUCUUGUUUUUAAAAAAGAAUCAUGCUUUUUAUGUAAUAUUUUAGGUUUUUUUCUUAUUUCAGAACAACCAGGUUUAAGCAAAAUGCUGGACGCUUUUUAAAUAUUGAGACUUGAUCAAGUAAUUAAAUAAAACAAUUCUUUAAAAAAUAAAAAUGAAAAAAAACAACAAAACAAAUUCCCUGUAAUUCAAUGUACCGUCAGGGAAUUUUUUAUUGAUAUUUUGUCAAUGUUGAUGAUGUACUGUACUACCAGUUGGUUUUCCUCUCCAUUCCCUGUCACCUCAUAGAAUAUUCUUUGUUGAUCAUUGUUGUAUGUUAAUAGUGUAUAAAAUGGCUAUCUUGUAAGAGUGCUGUCCUGAUGCUAGUGUAGUGAAUUUUUCCCCCCCCUCUUUCUCUCUUCCUCUUCUAGUACAUAUUGGUAGGUGUAUCGUAAUUAAGGUUAAAAAUUUAGAUGUAGUUAUUCAGAUUUAGGACCAGUAAGGAUAGAACUUUCUCUUAUUUAAGAAAAAAAUGCUAAUAAUUUUGGGAAGGUUUUCCUUUUCUUUUUUUUUUUUUCUUUCCUCUUUUUUUUUUUCUGUUGUGUUUUUGUUUUUUUUUCUUUUGCUGAUCUGAUGCGGUUUCAACUAACCAAAGGUCUCACAAUGUUAAAAAUGCUGGCAAACUUCUAAGGCAUUUGUAGAUCCCCACCCUUGACUUUGAAAAGGGGGAUGUGCCAUACUACCUUAAAUGCUAAUGCUAGAUAUGCAAAACUGGAUUUUUUUAAUUUAUUUUUUAAAAGAGGGAGGCACGGUAUAUUAAAACGAUUUUACUAAGAGAAAAAAAAAUAUUUUUUUAAGAAUGCUCAGAAGAAAUUGCUAAUCUGUGUGAAUAUGUUUUAGAUGUUUAUAUACCUUUUGAGAAGUCCCAGUGGCCCAUAGCACAAAUGUCGUGGAAUCCGAUAUGUUUUGAUGUGGCUACCUAGACUAAGGUUCACGUUAGUCCCCCACUCAUCUAGAAGUCCAUUUCGAAGGGGGUUUGGUUGGUUUUUUUUUUCCUUCGUUUGUUCGUUUUGGGGGGGGGGGUUGUAAAUUUUUCAACACAAAGGUUCAGCUCCACCUUCUUUGUUUCAGUCAAGCCCAGCAGGUGAAGGACCCUGCCGAGGGCCAUUGCCCCUUUCCUUUCCCAGGGUCUGGUACGGCCGCGCUGCCCCCGCAGUGUCCCACCGAGGGCGAUGGCCAUCGGGUGGGCAGGGGGCACCCACAGCCUCUCCCAGCUGGACCCCCGGCACGGGGGACCUGUUCAGAGGAGCUGUAGCAAGCCACAGGAGCUCGGCUACCCUCCCCCCUUCGAAAUAAAAAAAGUCCUUUGUGAUUGGAUUGGCUUGAUUAAAAUGAAGCCUGAUCUGUCCUUUUUUAUUAUUAUUUUUGUCCCUUUUUUCUUACACUUCAUAAAUGUUCAUUUUAAGUUGAAUUUGUAGCUUGGACUUUAAGGUAGCAUGGCUCUCUUUGCUGUAAGUUUAUUUUUUUUCUCCAUUGUACAGCAGCGUACCACUGGUGAAUGUUACACAUCUUGCUAGGCUAGUUAAACCAUUGGGUAAUUGUUGGUAAUAACGA